AGCCAUGGGAAGCAAGCCAGCACUACACAGGACCCCACGGGAUGUGAUGUGAGCUGAGCUACAGCCGGGUACGCUUUUCCUAGCAGUGCUGCAGACGAGCCGUGCUGCUGGUGCGGUGCGGUGCGGAUGCUGCACAACAGGAUGUAAUUCCUCUAAGUUCACAUUCUAGGUCGAAACAGAGAACAGACGAGCAGCGCGCUGGCAUGACAUGCCGUCCGUCUUUCGGAAAGUUGGUUUUUUUGCAUUCUCAAAUGUGACUGCUUUGCUUGGUAGUGCUAGAUUCGCCCCGCCUUCCCUCUCUGCGGAAUGGAUUCGAGCGACACGGAAUCCGUCGCACAAGCGAAUGCGAACGACGUCGCCGGUCUGCCAGUGACUCGCGAGGCGUCGCUCACCAAGAGACCUCCGUCCUUCCUCCCUCCACUCCUGCCGUCCUUCGUUCCUCCGUUCCCGCCGUCAUUUCUGCCGUCAUUCCUGUCGUCAUCCGUCCUCAAGCCGGUCCUCGUCGUAGUCGUGCUGUUCCUCGUCUGCCACGUCAUCUUCUUCGUCGAAUUCCCCGUCUCGUUCCGUCUGCCUCACACGGCUGUUAUCGAGCAACUCAAUAACGGAGCAGCGAGCGCGACGCUACUUGAUUUCAGUGGGAGCAGCAGCAGCAGGUCAGGCAGCCCCAGCACUGUUCCUACGUACCUCGUCUCUAGUUCUGGAACCAGUGAUUCGCCCGACAGCGACGUACCCGUUAUUAGACUCCUCGGAAUAUCCGAUUCUUGCCUCCGCCUUCUUCGUCAUAAGGCCGACAACAGCUUCCCUACCUUUAACAACAGCUUCGCUAGUUCAAAUGUCGCAAAUACUAGUCAGUCGAAUAGUACUACGGCAGCAGCGUCAGUUCUCAAGGACAGCACCAACACCAAGGUCAGUUCUGGAGCGGGGAGUGAGGCGGAGGUGGAUGCGUGUACAGCACGUCUCCACGAGGCCUUUAGACAGCUGGCGCUCCGCGCUCAGCACGCAGAACAAGCGGUGCAGGCGGAGCAAGCGGAGCAGGCGGAACAAGGAGCGCAAGGAGAGCAAGGAGCGCAAGAAGGUCAAGAAUCCGAGGCUACUAGUAGCAACGCCGAGCCUCUGACCGAGGCUAGCAGCAGCACCGAGCCUCUGACCGAGGCUGGCGUGGCGGAGCAGCAGGCAGGUCCGGUGGGGCAGAUAUGUUCCGAGGCAUGGAAGCGAGGCGUGCUGGCACGCGCUGCUGGCAGCAGCUACAUCCGAGCAGCAAUGGCGGCGAAUCUCACGGGGGUGGAGGGAUUAGAGGGCCUUUCCGCGGGUACAGACGCCGUGUGCGCGGGCAUCAAACAGGUGGAGGGGGGUCUGCUGGCGGGAAGGCCGGUCGAAGGCAGUCGGGUGUGCGGGGAGGGGAGAGGGAGAGAGGGGAGUGGCAGAGAGGGGAGUGGCAGAGAGGGAAGUGCCCACGAUGGGACCAACAGCGCCGGUGGCGGUGUUGCAUGGGUGGCAAGCGAUGGCAAGAGGGGCCAGGGGGCCGACGGGAGUGGUGCAGGCGAUACGAGCACAGGGGGAUGUCGGACAUGGCCCGAGAGCUGCUGGCCGGUACCUGGGGUGCCCCUCUCCCUGUCACAUAGCACAUCUCGCCCGCGGUUCCUGGUGUUUGGGUUCACAAACAGCCAGACCACCCACGCCCGGCUGCACCUGGUGGAGGCCGCGAGGGUGGCGCACAUGUCUGGGCGCAUUCUGGUGCUGCCUAAGGUGGGGGACAGCCGCGUCUCUCUCGCCCGCCCUCUCCCCCUCUGCGCCUACUGGGACCUCUUCAACAUCUCUACGCUCGGGACCGGCUCCCAGUCCUCCGAUUCCGGGGCUGGCUCCCAAGCCUCGGGCUCGGGUAGAAUCGCCACCCUCCCUGAAGUGGCCUGGAUGUCUCCGGACCUCUUUUUGCUGCUCGCACGCGCUGCUGCUGAACCGAGCACUGCUCAGCCCAGCGCUGCUCGAGCCGGUGGGCUAAGAAACCCCUCGGUUGGCUUCGUGUGGGUGCAGUCGCCGAAUCUCCAGCGAGCCCCCUUCCUCUAUGAGCCCCUCGCAUCCAUCAUCGGCCACAUGCUGCCAUACGCCAUGGGGCACGUGCCCCUUGACUCUAACACCCUCGAUCUGCAUCUCCCCGUUCGGGCCGACGUUGUUCAAGUGCUAAUGCAGGCUUGGCACGAUAAAGACGUGGUGGUGUGGCUCAAAGCCACAGGUGCCAGGAUCGAGUUCAACCCGCCUACAGGCAGCCUCGCUUUAAGCGCUCUGCCGUACAGCAGGCAGCUGCAUGUACUCGCUACAAGCCUGCUCGGUACUCUGCCUAAGCCCGUCCUGGCGGUGCACCUGCGACCCGAUGUGGUGGCAGCCAGAGUGAUCCAGGAGGCAGAGCAAGAACGUGCAAACUCUUCAGUGGGGGACCAACAACCCUCGGACCAACAACCCUCGGACCAACAACAACAACCCCCGAGCUCUCAACAGCAGCCGCUGCACCAGUUUGAGCAGCAGGUGCACUGGUGCAUGAACGUGUCAGCAACCAAAGUGGGCAUUGCCAGGGGAUGGACCUCGGCUCAGGCUGUGUUCGUCGCUGCCAAUGUCCCGAUCAGUGGCCAGCUGGUGGGAGGAGGAAGAGGUGAGGGUGGGGGAGGUGGAGGAGGUGGAGGAGGUGGAGAAGCAACGGGUGCAUUGGAUGCAGAUACGUCAGAAGCUGUGGCAGCAGCAGCAGCAGCAGCAGCAGCAGCAGCAGCAUCAGUAGCAAAAACAGGAGCAGCAGCCGAAGGUUCAGCAGGAGCAAGAGGAGCAGAAGAAUCGGCAGCAGCAGCAGCAGCAGGCGAGUCAGCCCAGUGGGAGGCCCUGGAGCAACAGUACCGCAAGGCUGAAGAGAACCAAGAGCCCAGCACCACCAGCAGCGGCAGCAGCAAUGGCGGUGGUGUUGCUGACGUGGCAGUCAGGGAGCUGGCGAGCAUGAGGAAGCAAAUCAACGGCAGUGUCAUGAUUGAAGAGCUCCUGCCAGCUGCCAGGGGAUAUGACCUGGGAGUUGUGGCGAUCCUAGACAAGCUUGUGUGCUCAUAUGCCGACGUUUUAUUAGCAGCUUCUACAAGGUGCGGAGGAGGAACGGCUUCUGGGAUGGAUAUUUUCAACCAUAGAAAUUGGCUCAAUAUGCCCAACAAGUCCCUCGUGAUGUGGGGUUAUGGCAUGCCUAAAUUCGACUGAGUUUUAUAUGCCACGCAAGUGCUCUUCAGAAAAGUGUUGGAGGAUAGGAUGCUUCUGAAAAAAACGCCCAAUAAAAAGUAGUAAAGAGC